CGUCGCUCCUCUCUUCGCCCAAGAAAUUGAAGCGCCGUUGCAGAAGACGGAGAUGGGCGUCAGGAGGCCUCCGCUGUGGGUCUCUCUGCCACGACAUCCGCUUUCCCUUUCAGCCCCCUGAGCCGCCGGUUGGCCUGUUGGAAGGCAGGCCACAAAAAAGGAGCGAUGAAAUUCCCGGGCUCCGUCCUCCUCUCGCUAUUCCUCUUCGUGGCAGAAACGGCGAUCGCCUUGUACCUGAGCAGCACCUACCGCUCGGCGGGAGACCGCAUUUGGCAGUCGCUGACGCUCCUCUUCGCUCUCUUGCCUUGCAUCCUGGUCCAGUUCAGCCUCGUCUUCAUCCACCGCGACCUCAGCCGGGACAGGCCGCUGGUAUUGUUGCUUCACAUUCUGCAGCUGGGACCCAUUGUCAGGUGCAUGGAAGUUUUUUAUAUUUACUUUCAUGCAGGUAGAGUGGAAGAGCCUUAUGUCAGUAUUACUAAGAAAAGACAGAUGCCAAAAGAUGGACAUUCAGAAGAACUUGAGAAAGAAGUAGGCCAGGCAGAGGGGAAGCUGUUUACACACAGAUCUGCAUUUAGCCGAGCAUCAGUGAUUCAAGCUUUCCUAGGAUCUGCACCUCAGCUAACACUUCAGCUUUACAUCUGUGUCCUGCAACAAGAGAUCACAGCAACUAGAAGUAUCUUCAUGGUCCUUUCCCUCCUGUCAAUUGUGUAUGGAGCACUGCGAUGCAAUAUUCUAGCCAUUAAGAUCAAGUAUGACGAUUAUGACAUCAGUGUGAAACCUGCUGCCUACCUUUGCAUUUUCCUCUGGAGGAGCUUUGAGAUAGCAACAAGGGUGAUAGUCCUUGUCCUCUUCAGUUCAGUUCUUCAGAUCUGGAUCCUGCCUGUGGUGCUGGUGAAUUUUUUUGCUUUUUUUUUUAAUCCUUGGAUUCAGUUCUGGCAAAGCAAGUGUACUCUGCCAGAAAACAUAGAGAAGGCCUUGAGCAAAGUAGGCACCACCAUUGUCUUAUGUCUCCUCACUUUCCUGUAUGCCGGCAUCAAUAUGUUUUGCUGGUCAGCGGUGCAGCUGAAGCUUAAUGAUUCUGAUUUAAUUGACAAAUCGCCAAACUGGAGUAGACUGGCUUUGUACUAUUUGCUGAGGUUUUUUGAGAAUGCUUUUCUCUUAAUAAUGUGGUACACAUACAAGACAGAUGUCUACACAUAUGUAUGUGCUCCAGUGCUGUUCUUACAACUACUGAUUGGCUAUUGCAUAGCUGUCCUUUUUAUGCUUGUGUUCUACCAGUUCUGUCAUCCAUGCAAGAAGCUUUUUUCUUCCAAUAUUUAUGAAGGAUUGGUAAUAUGCUUCAAGUCUUUUUGUUAUGUCUGCAAACCUCUGACAUCUGGCAACUUUGUAGAAAAGGAGAACUUAAAAUCCCCAGAGAAUACUGAAAAUGAUGCCCUGGCUAGUUACAAGGCAAAUGAAUCCAAAAAUGGAAGCACUCAGCAGAGUGUGUCUUCUAAUGCAUAGAGUGUGUAUCCGAGUUUCACAAGAUCCUGUAAAGAAUAGCACUUCAGACCUUCAUUUGCUCAUAAAACAGGUAUAAUAAAUGGGAUGUGUCAACAUUAUAUCUUAGGCAAUGUUUGUAGGUUUAUCGUAUGCAAUGGGUUUGUACAAAGGUAUUUUCUUUCAAAAGUCUUGUGCCUAUUAAGAUAGAAAGCAUGUUUUCCUAGCAAGUUGUUGCAACUUUGGUUUGGUUAUGCAGAAAGUGUGGAUAAUGAUAUGCCAAUCAGUCUUAGUUACAGAUUGUGACUAUUGGGAUUAUGUAGUUCACUGAGCAAUGUCCAGAUGCCAAAGGAUCAAAACUUUGCCCCAGUGGGCUUCUCCUAGCUCAUGUAAUAUGAUAAUGCAUUGACGAAGUAAUUUACACCAGAAACAUUCUAGGAUUAAAAAGUGUGAUAGAAAAGGAAGGAGCAGAACAUCAUGGACCUAUUUGUUAUAUCAGGGACAUUCCAAACAAAUCUUAUUUCAUUUUGAAAAGUGGCUAAAUUAGUAGACCAGAGAAAUGCUGUGGACAUAUUAUACUUGGAUUUCAGUAAGGCAUUUGACAAAGUAGACCACAAUCUACUUUUUGGUCAGUUAAAAAAUGUGAGAUAAACAGCAUCACCAACAGAUGGAUUUAUAACUGGCUGACAAAUGGGACUACAUCUAUAUGGAACUAUAUCUAUAUGGAGGGAAAUAUGCAGUUCAGUGACCUGGGGUUCUGUCUUAGGCCCAGUAACGUUUAACAUUUUCAUAAAUGAUUUAGAUGAGGGAAUAGAAGGGGAACUGAUCAAAUUUGCCAAACUGGUAGGAGUAGCCAAUGCACCAGAAGAUAGGCUUAAGAUCCAGAAGGAUCUCAAUAGACUUGAACACUGGGCCCUAUCUAACAAAAUGAAAUUCAGUAGUGAAAAAAGUAACAAUUUACAUUUAAGCAAGAAAAACCAAAUGCACAGGUAUAUAUAAUAGGUGGUACCUGGCUCAAUAGAACUACUGUGAAAGGGAUCUGGGAGUCCCAAUGGACAACCACUUAAAUAUGAGCCAGCAGUGUGCUGCAGCUGCCAAAAAAGCCAAUGCAGUCCUAGGCUGCAUUAACAGAGGGGUAAAAUUAACAUCACAUGAAGUGUUAGUACUGCUUUAUAAUGCCUUGAUAAGACCACACUUGAAAUACUGCAUACAGUAAUUGUUGCCAAAAUAUAAAAGAGGUGUUGGGAGUUGAGACUCUAGAAAGAGUGUAGAGAAGAACAACAAAGAUGAUUUGGGUUGGAGACUAAAACAUAUGAAGAACAAUUGCAGGAAUUGGGUAUGUCUAAUCUCAUGAAAAGAAGACCCGGGAUGACAUGAUAGCAGUGUUCUGAUAUUUGAGUGAUUGCCACAAAAAAGACGAGAGUCAAUCUGUUCUCUAAAACACCUAAAGACAAGGCAAGAGGCAAUGGAUGGAAACUAAUCAAGGAGAAAACCAACUAAACAAUUAACCAGUGGACUGUCUUGCCUCCAGAAGUUGUGAGUGCUCAAUCAUUGGAGGUUUUUAAAAAGAGAUGGGACAACCAUUUGUCUGAAAUGGUAUAGAGUCUCCAGCUUGAGCAAGGGACUGGACUAGAAGACCUCUAAGGUUCUUUCCACCUCUGUUAUUCUGUUUUUCACCUACUAUCAAGUUUAUCUAUGUAGCAAAUGGCAUCAUUUUAUCUGACUCUCAAAACUGUAACGGGUUUUUUUCUGAAUCUAGAACUAAAUAUGGGGAAAUUGCUGAUAUACUAAAUUCAUGAAUUUGGAAAUGCCCUGUUAAAUUUUCUUUCAAAGCUGUUACAAAGCUGUUUAUGUUGUAAAAAAAGUCCAGAAAACAACAUAAAGACUUUAUUUAUA